AUGUGCCACUUUCGGGUCUCCUCACACUGCUGCCAGGUCCAUACUGAUUCAUGGCCCCCUGCCUCUGUAUGGCCUUCAAUUUAAGCUGCUUACGCUUCGCCACUCUGCCAUGGGCCCCUGUACCGCCUCCUCUUGCUGCUGCCAGGUCCAGAGUGUGUCAUGGGUCCCUGUACGGCCUCCCAUUGCUGCUGACUUCAUCGCCAGACCCUGCCAUGUGCCACUUUCAGGUCUCCUUACACUGUUGGUGGGUUCCAUUUUGUGAUAGGGUGCUGUAUGGGCUUCCAUUGCUGCUGCCUCCACCGCCACCCUGCGCCAUGUGCCUC